AUGAAGACGCUAAUUAUUUGUCUCAUUGUGGCUGUACUCUUUCUGGAUUUCGCGUACUCUUUGCAGUGUUACUUCUGCUAUGAAGCGAUCGAAAGCAAAAAUUGCAGAGCGUUAAAAAACUGUUCAGAAGGACUUGGGUUCUGUAAAACCACCGUGCACAGCCCAGACUUAGGUUUCCCUUUCACUGGAGAAGAGUUGAUUACCAGAGAUUGUGCCAAAUCCUGCGAGCAAAGCGACCCGAACACUAUGGGAGAGACGCGUCCGGUGUUCUGCUGUAACAUUGAUGCCUGUAACAGCAGAGGCCUAUUUGUCCAACCGGCUAACGGUUCCACCUCUGGGACCGGAGGAAGUGUAGCUCUAGCACUAUUUGUAAUACUACUAAGAGUCCUGCACCAGUAG